AUGUCUCCUGGACCUCUCGUGUUGAUGAUUCUGGCAGGCAGCGUGAACGCUUGCGACGUCUCAGAAUGUCAGGAUGAUUCGCAGGGGCUUCUGCAACUGAUGAAAGCAAAGCACCGGGAUCCUUGGUGCUCGGCUUCCCCCGGCUGCAGCAAGUUGGGCUUUGCAGGGGCAUGUUGCCCAACCGCCGGCGGCGUUUACCUCCACUGUUGUAGAGGUGGAACUUCCCACAAUGACACUACUAUGCAAAGCACGACAGCCGUGCACAGUAAACCGACAACUUCCUUCAGAACGCAGACUACGCAUCUCACUACGACCGAGCCGACAACAUCUUACAUGACCCAGGCUACGCACACCACCACGACCAUCCGCAACCGACCGUCUGCCGCGCAGCUAAGCUGUUCGGGCGAAGGCUUCCUUGAUUGUUGGACCUUCUUCACAAAGGCAGACCCUACCCAUGGCUACAUCCAAUACGUUUCGCAGAGGGAAGCCAUGCAGCUGGGCCUCUACAUCUUGCGCGACGGAGCGGUUCGCCUUGGAAGUCUUGUGGGACAAAACCGGCCGGUCAAGGCUGUGCGACUGCAGUCUAAGAUGCGAUUCUAUGCCGGACACCUGUUUGUGAUUGACAUCAAGCAUAUGCCAACAGGUGGGGGAACUUGGCCAGCCUGGUGGGCUUAUGGACCCGGGUGGCCGAACAAAGGGGAGAUCGACAUCAUCGAGACGGUAAACACAGAGCAGGAUGCACAGUCGACCCUGCACACCAGCCCCGGUUGCAGCAUGCCGAGCUUUUCCGGGCUUUUCAAUCCCAACUGCAACGCCGGGAGUGCCACUGAGGGCUGUGGAAGACAUGGGCCUCCUGGCAGUGGCGGCUCAGCAUUCAACCAGAACGGGGGCGGUGUGUUUGCCGCCAAGUGGACCAGCAGCGGAAUCAAGAUGUGGUUUUUCCCCAGGAACCAGAUUCCGGCAGACCUCACCCGUGAAAAGCCAGACUCCACAAGGUGGGGCGAGCCUUACGUGACCUUUCCGUUUGGACCUCGAUGUCCGCCCUACCAUUUCGAGAACAUGGUGCUGGUGAUCAACCUGGACUUCUGUGGCGACUGGGCGGGCAAUGUGUACCCGGGCGGCAGGAAUGUCUGCAUGGCCUACGUCAAGAACCCGGCCAAUGCAAAAGCUCUUUCGGAGGCAUUCUGGGAGAUCAACUACGUCAAGGCACAUCACAAGAUGUACACUUUUGCUGUGCCUAAUGAUGCCUAA